AUCAGUUGGGCCCUGGGGUAUAUAAACUUGCCAAUUGGCCGAGUCAAAGCACAGUCACGGAAACAGUCACAACUCAACCAUGAAGACCGCCUUACUUCUACUGAGCCUCGCCCUCUUCAUGGCGCUCUUCUCCGGCGUCUACACCUGCGAUCCCGAUGGCAACAACCAGCCCGACUGCAGGAACUCCACCAACUUGCAGGUCAAGAUCCGCAACUUCUGGGAUCCCACCCGCUACUGGUGGUGCGACUCCGUUGGAUCCCAAGCGGCGGUUGCCAUCACGUGCGAGGAUGAUAUUGGUGAACCCAGCGGAUUCGACAGCUCACUGAGGAAGUGCGUUUCCUGGAACAACUGGUCAUGGACUUGGCCCUGUGCUUAAAUUCACUUCAUUUGUUCAAAUAAAUCAAAUUAACUGCAAUAUUAA